AUGUGCAAGUACGGCUUCGAAAAGAUCGAAAGGGAUCCCACCAAGGCUAUCACAUUCGAGUUCACACCAACUCCUCAAAAACCGGAAAUUCCGGAUUCUCCAGCCGACAGAGUUGCUUUGGCUUACGCUUCUAAGGAGUUGCCUCAGAAAGUGUUGUACCAUUCUAUUCGAGUGUACUUAUACAGCGUGGCGAUCAUAAACGAUCUUUUUAAAGAUUGGGAAUUGGACAAAAGCGUCUUGUUUACAACAUGCUUGCUUCAUGACAUUGGCACUACAGAGAAGAAUAUGGCGGCGACGAAGAUGUCUUUUGAGUUCUAUGGUGGAAUCCUAGCAAAAAACUUUGUUGAGGAGGAAUUUAAGGACAAGACGUUUGCCGAAGCCGUGUGUGAGGCUGUAAUUCGUCAUCAGGACAUCGGCGAUACAGGUUAUAUCACUACGCUUGGAUUCAUUCUCCAAAUCGCCACCAUUUUGGAUAACGUUGGGAAACACACACAGUAUAUUCAUCCCGAUACAUUGGAUUUCGUCAACAAGAAGUACAGUCGUGAAGGGUGGUUGGACUGUUUCGCAGCUUCUACUGACAACGAGAAUGCGAAGAAGCCUUGGGGUCACACAAGCAAAUUGGGUGUUCCAGAUUUCAGCAAGGCCAUUCUUGCCAAUUCGCUCAAGUAUACCAAGUGA